ACCAGUGAUACGACACGACACGCGACUUACUAUCGCUAGAUUAUUUGUGGGUGUUAUUUUCAGAUGGAAACAUUAAAAUGGGGAUUUGUGACUGCUGGACAACAAUGUAUGGACUUUGCAAACGCCAUCAACUCAUACGAUAAGCGUUGCGAUCCGCAGCACGAGCUGCACGCCGUGUCAGACCUGUACAACAGCAGCGGCCGCGACUUCCUCAAAUUGUACAACAUUCCUAAACUCUACGACAAUUACAAAGAGAUGGUUCCACAUGUUGACGUGGUGUACAUCGUGCUUAACAAUUCUGACAAAUACAAGUGCGCCAAAUACUGCCUGGAGCAAGGCAAGCACGUGUUAGUUGUUCCACCUUUGGCCUUGGACCUCAAGCAAGUGCAGAAACUCAUCAGCUUAUCUAAGGAGAAGAAACUCCUCUUGAUGGAGGCCCACCAUGCGCGAUUCUCUGAUACAUACAAAACACUAAAGACGGCGAUCAAUGAAGACAAGUUGGGCGACAUGAUGUACCUCCGAGCCAACUAUGGAAAAAAUUUAUACGUAACAGAGCAUCCAAGGAGCAUGUCAACUGGCAACAAUCUCACGGUGUAUAGAGGCACUUACCUGCUUGCGCUGGCGCAGCAUGUCUUUAGUGAUGACCCGGCGAAUGUGACCGUGACGGCCGUGGGUGGCAAGAACGAAGAUGACUACACCUGGACGAGCGUCGUGCUGGAGUACAGCGACGACCGGCGCGCCGUGCUCACCAUGUCCGACCAGCUCAACAUGGCCAACGAUGCCGAUAUCUACGGCACUAACGCACGCGCUACGUUGUCGAAACCAAUCAGGUUCCCCACCAAGCUUACGAUUGGCACAGAUGUGAAGGACUUCCCGCUGCACUCUUCGAAGCAGCCGUACUACAUCCAGAAUGGUGCUGGGAACAUAUUCAUGGCUAUAGAAGCGGGAAGGUGCAUCAAAAACGGCGAGUUCGAGUCGCCGUUGAUAACACACAAGGACAUGGAGGCGCGGGCGCAGUUUUUGGAGAUCAUACGGGAACAGCUUGACAUCAAGUUCAUCAUCGAGGAUUAAUUGUUAUGUCACCUACUUAUUAUAUAUAUUUCUUGAAAUUUUAUUAUUCUCAUAAUAAUAUGCAAAGUAGGUACUACUACUAAGAAAGAAAGAAAUAAAGAA